AGGUUCCAAAUUUGGCAGGAAGUUGAAUUGACAUUACAGGAAAUUAGUAUGGGGCUACAUUGUCGUGGAGCUGGAUCUGAUACAUUGUAUUGAUCACACUGUCGGUAAACACAACUCGCUUUGAUAAAGUGGUUAUUGUGUCAACAACCCUCCAGGCUGCAUUUCUCACAGACCUUUUUUAAACCCACAUCAGCUGGAAGAGGCAGGAUUUCAGCCCACCACCUGCGCAUCAGGACAGGCUAGAGGCCAUGUCUACAGUGGUGGAUCUCAAGACAAAGGAGGAGAAGGAUGCAGAGCUUGACAGACGGAUCGAGGCUCUGCGCAAGAAGAAUGAAGCUCUGGUCCGGAGGUACCAGGAAAUAGAAGAGGACAAAAAGAAGGCGGAGCAAGAGGGUAUUGCCGUGAAGACGCACCCACCCAGGAAGAGCCGCCCUCACGAUGGCCCGCCAGAGGGAGACCGAUGGAGGACAGAGAAAGAGAACUUCACUGUCACCGUAGACCUCUCCAAACCUGCAGGGGAGAAACGGGUGAUCAAUGACUGGAAACAAGGGCCACCUCGAGGCAGGCGGAACUCUGAAGAAGGAGAAGGCCCCAGAGCCCAAGGUGAAAGCCCUCUGCUGAGGGCCGGGUCCGGGCGGCUCAGCAGGGGUGGACAGAGAGGGGGAGGACCACGGCAGGAGAGGAGAGAGCAACGCCCUGACAGACCCCUAGCAGACCCACGCCAGGCCCAUGACAGACCACCCCGAGAGGACAGGGGUCCUCCACGAGAGGACAGGGGUCCUCCACGAGAGGACAGGGGUCCAGUCAUGGAGGGGCCAGGAGAGGGGCCCGGCCGCAGUGAACGUGCUCCACGCGGAGGACGGAGAGGAAGAGGAGGCCGAGGAGGACGAGAAAGAGAAGAAGGAGGAGGACCACAGGGUGGUGACAGGAAGUCUAAGGAGUGGGAGGAGAAAAGGAGGCAGAACAUUGAGAAGAUGAACGAGGAGAUGGAGAAGAUUGCAGAGUAUGAAAGAGGACAAAGGCCUGCUGAGGGAGACAAGCCCAUCCGUAACUUCUUGGAUGACCCGCGGCGCUCCGGCCCAGUCCCGGACAUGGACCGCAAGGAGGGCAGCCGCCGACAUGUCCGAAACUGGGGUGGAGUAGAUUUUGACAAUGUGAAGACGGGAUCUGAGCUGGAGAAGGAAUGGACAAGUCGGAGACCAGGAGCCCCUAAGGGCUCCAUGGAUAUGACCAUGUCUAUGACGGGCCGGGAGCGUGCCGAGUACCUCCGCUGGAAGAAGGAGCGUGAGGAGAUUGACGAGGAGCGUCUGGCCAGGCACAGGAACGCCACGGGCCAGUGGAGACGGGAAUGGGAUGCCCAGAAGACUGACGGCUUGUUUAAGGAGGACCCAGCUGUGGCUGCAGAGGCCAUGCUGCCAGACCAGGGAGGCAGAAGGAGAGCCAGGGGGCGUGGCUCCCGCACGCAGCCUCACGGCUGGGCCUCAGACGAGGUGAAGGCGCCUCCCAAGGUGCCAACGUUCGGAGACUUCCUGGGGCAGGGUAGAGGACCCAGGGAGGGGGGCCGUGGAGAGCGGGGGAGGGGACGAGGACAGAGACAGAGCUACAGCAUGCACGAUAACCGCUGGGAGGCGGAGAAGGAGGAGGACGGGGAGAAGGAGGAGGAUGAGGAAAAAGAGAAGGAAGACAAACCCAAGAAGGAGGAGAAGACUCGGAAGGAGGAAGCGAAGCCCAAAGCUCCCUCAUCACAAAAGAUGGAGGAGAAGAGUGGUGACGCAGAGGAGGAUGAGGAUGAGUGGGAGGAUGCCAGCGACGAAGAGGACGAUGAUAUGGACGGGGUUGAUGACUCGGAGGGAGAUGAUGAGGGGGAUGAGGAAGGGAAAGACGGACAGUCCCCGACGAAGGCACCUCGCUCAGAAACCACAGCAGGGAAGCCCGCCGACACCUCACCUCCUCCCUCCACUCCCCCCUCCGCAGCAAGUCCGAAAGAGCAGCGCACCCCGAGGCCCAAGGUCUACAUCCCCUCCCAACAGGAGGCUCAGGACUCCCCCGCUGGCCCCAAGCCCCUCAGCCCCUUCUCUCCCCUGGACGGCCACCAGCCGGUCACAGACUGGGGGGAGGAGAUGGAGAUGCAGUCCCCCCGGAGCAGUAUGGGGGAGAACCACCUGAAACCGCCUAGCACUGAGGGAAGCCCUGCCCAGGUUAAGGUCCAAGAAGACAACCGCAACUCCAGCCCCAGCCCAACCCCCAGUCCCAGCAAGCCAGCAGAGCCAGAGAAGGAGAGGGACACACGGACAGUUGUGUUCACUGCUGCUCCACCGGAGGAGACUCUGAUCCAGGAAAUAACUCCUGUAUCAUCAUCAUCAUCAUCAUUAGAACUUGUCUCUACCCCCACUGACCUCCCAGAGAAAGAGGAGACCACCACCACUCCACCAGCCCAGGAGACACCUGCUACCCCCACAAAGGAUGAGGAGGAGACCCCUGCCGCCACUCUUGUCCCUGUCCUGGUGAUUGACCAGAGCCUGUCUGAGCUGGCCACUGCCCCAGAGAUGGCCCCAGACACCUCGGAACAGUCAUCUUCAGGCUGAGAGCUGCUCUGGGAAACUGACUUUUCAGUGCUAGUGGUUCACAGAUGAUGGUAGGAUGAGGAGAGAGGAGGGGAGAAAAUAAUGACAAGAAGAAAGGAAACCGGGCCUCGCACACCAUGACUGGAGCAGCCAUCACAGACUUCCUGGAGGGACGUGGCCAGGCACCUGGCCUCCAAACAUCUCCCUCUCCUCAAUAAUCAGACCACAUAUGUUCUGUACUGUUUGACUCUGAGCUGCAAGUUGCAUAGAAUAGUGAUACUGCCAUUCAUCUGAGCCACUAUGGUAAAUGGCUUAGGUUUUAUAGCAGCCAAUUAGGAUGUUACUGUGAUGUCAAGUCAACAAAGCCCCAACUUGUUUUUACCUUUUGAUAUAUGUGUAUGAUUUAACAAAUCAAAUUAUUACAUUUAGCGAAGACUCACAAAUAUGAAAUUCUCACCUCAAUUGUUCAACCGUAGCAUUUUUGUUUUUUAAACUCCACCUCUUUUGAAAGGUCAAAGAAACUGUUAUGCCUCUUCAACAUGGCAAAAAAAAGACAUAUUUGGAAUGCUAACAGUUGAAAGAGCAUUCUCCUCCCUCAAUAUAGACAGCUUAUUGACUACAGUUUAUCCACACUUGUUUUAAUAGCCCUUACUUUAAAGAUUCCCAAGACUAUGCUUUAAUGUUAUUUCUUGAAAAGGAAUUAAGAGUUUAAAUGAAUUGAAUGGAUCAAGAACUCAAGGAAAUGCAAUAUGUAGUUUAGUAUUUUGAAUUCCAGCUAAACAUUCCAAUGUUUUGUGUGGGAAAAAAGGCAUCUAUUUUUGUUCUUUGUGAUUUGCAUUUGGAUAUCCUCAUUAUUUUCCGUUUCUGAUGACUUAGUGAUUGUAUUACAAGCAUCACAGUUUCCUGCACUUCUAAAAUAUCUGCGUUUGAAUAUAAAACUAUGUUAUUUGGGUAUGUUUUUGGAGUGGAGUGUAACUGGCCUGUCUAAACUAGCAUGAUCUGAAAUUCAAGACUUUUUUUAUCUGUUGAUUACCAUGAAUUAGUUUUUAUCCCAAGAUAUUGACACUUUAAUCAAUCAAGCAGAAGAUUACAUUUGAUAGCUUUUUCUUUAAGUAUUAAAUUGUGAUUUGGCAGGAAAUUCAUUGGUUCAUACGCAACUGUCAAAUGUACAAGAUAAAAUGUGUUCUGUUUAUUUUGCUUCUUAGUUUUCAUAUCAAAUAAAUGUAUGGUGGUCAGGU